AAGCUCAGAAAUUCUAUCCAUUUGCCGACGAACAAAUUCAUAUCAAUUCCAUUUACUCGAAAGAAAUUCAGAUCCAAAUUCGCCUACUCUCGAUCACAAGCAUGCCUUAAGUUCUUCGUGUUACUUCGAUUGAUCGAUCCUCACACAGUUGGAUUUCUUGAACUUAAGAGCAUCGGAUUAUGCAUCCGGUGCUUUCGAUCUACUCUCCAACACUCACGCGCCCGCAUAUGACGUCGUACUACGGUGGAUCGUCUUUUCAUCGCCGGAAACAUCUUCAGAAAAGUGAUCGUCGCGGUAAUCUUAGUAGUUAACGUUUUACUCGCCGGAUCUUAGCUUAUUUUUCGCGAAGGUUUCAGUUUAGAACGCUUUGGUGCUGUUUUGUCGGUUCCGACGCGGUAUUAUUAGCGUGUGUUGAUACUAUCAGUAAACCAGUGGUGGAUCUGAUUUUUGUUGGCAAUCGAGCUGUCUCGAUUGGGCGAUCUUCUAUUUUUCCUGUGGAUCGAGCUCGUUUUGGAGAUAUCAAGGAUUCUCGACGGUUUUUGGUUCGUUAUAAGCUUCAAUUGUGGAUGGAAGGUUCUGUUCCUAGUGAUACGCUGGCUUCCAAACAAUUAAGGAGCAACACUGAGUCUUUUACGACUCCCAAUAUCCAAACUCAAUACGGUUCAGGGGAUCUUUCUAUGAAUGAUCUGAAAGUGUGCUUGAAUGAAUUUGUAAGUGUUGAAGAUUUGGCUGGAAGCAAUAGCAAAUGUGAUUCCAAGGACUCAGACGAAUCCGGUGACAAUCUUCCUGACUCUACAUCUUCUGCUACUCUGUCCAAGCUUGCAUCUGCCAUGAAAGGUAGCCGUGAAAAGCAGGGUAUACCACCUAAGAAGCUGUCCGUCACUUGGGCACCUGAUGUCUAUGAUCCAAUUCCAACUUCGGUAUCUCACGUGCCAUCGAGCAGGAAUCAAUACAUCCGCAGUUAUAGCAAGAAAUAUGGGAAGAACAAACAGAGAGGUGGUGGGAAAUCCUCGCGAGGGACCAAAGGCAAAGACAAAGACAAGAAGCAAGCUCGGAAGAAUGGCGGGACCACCAAAGUCAAGAGCGUGGCUAGCUUCUCCGAGCCCGAGGCAGGUAUCGCCGGGUUCAAUGUUAUCAGCACAGAUGCAUUCUGUGGAAGCAGCUUUCUCAAGGAAUCGGUCCAGAAUUUGCACUUCCCCGUCCCGGAGGCUACGCGAUAAUGUGCAUUGAUGGGCAUGUUUUCCGUCUCUCCCCAAUGUAAAUAAAUAAGUACUACUCGUUAUGCCUUAGAAGCUUUCUACUAGUUAUGCUUGCAAGACUUUGGAAUUUUGAGAAUUGGCAUUUGGCCUUCAACGAAUUUACAUGGCUUUUGUUUGUAAUACGAGUAUUGUAAAUUCAUGGACAUUAUUUCAAUCCAUUCGUAAGCUGGUA